UAACACCCCCUAAAACGUUUAAUCUUAUCGCGAAAAUGCAGUUUCUCGCACGAUCACUGUCGAAAUCCACAAGACCUUUGUUGAAUUCGAGAGCGAGACAAUCAUGGGUUCUGUCUCAGCAAUGUCACUCGACCUUCUCCGCGAAGAAAAGCAAGAGCCGUAAUCACGGAGGAAGCAUCAUCACUGAGUCAGUGUCGCAGGUGAAUUGGCCAAAACCGACCGAGAUACCGUACCAACCCAAAAUCGCCAACUCUACCGAUCUGAUUGGGUUCGUGAACCAACCCGUCGAGUUCCACGCUAAGCCCGACGGAAGCUUCUGGGCAGGCACCGUCAUCACUCACGGACCUCCGUCUAGUUCCGGUUCGGAUAAAGACUCGGAUUCAGUUCACAAAUUCUGGAUUCCAGUAAUAUUUGAAGGGGAUUUAGCUCAAACUGCUAACUGUCAUUUGAAGAAAAACGAUCGAGUUCAUAUCACGGGACAGAUCUUUGUAGACGCUAGUGAGAUAGCUGGAGCAAAGCCUGAUCAAGCUUAUGUUCAUAUAAUGGUUCGUGAUCUCCACUACAUCCAGGGUUCUAAAACCCUACCAAAAGUUUUGCCACCAUUGGAAGAAAAAGAAAGUGUGCUUAAGCAUUCUGCUAGUCUUCUAAAGAAAAGAGAUUCUCAGACUGAUGUUUGGUUGGAGCUUGUUGGUAAACCGGAUGAAUGGUGUGAUUACCGCGAAAGCAAACAGAACGGAUCGGUGAAUCCUAGACACCCUGAUUUCAAGAAGAAAGACGGGAGUGAAGCGCUUUGGCUUAACAAGGCUCCCAAUGAGAUCUUGUCCGAUCUUGAAAACCUCAAGUUCGAUGUUCCUGUCAGGUCAAAAUAUGCAAAACAACCAAAGGCCGGAGAGGAAUCAUGGAAGGACUUGGUGGAAAACAUGAAUAAGUGGUGGGACAACAGAUUGAACAAGAGAAAUGAAAAAGCUCCGGAUUUUAAGCAUAAAGAAACUGGUUUGGGUCUGUGGCUAAAUGAUUCUCCAAUUUGGGUGAUAGAAAGACUACCUCCUCCAAAGAGCAAAACAAGUGUCGACUACUGAGAAGAAAAUAAGAGCAAGAUCCGGUAUACUGCUUAAGGACAUGUGCUAUACUCUGAAUUUUUGUUAGAUUUUGGAAGCAAAAGUUGUGGUUGGAAACAAAUUUGCUGAAACAAUCAAUUCGAUUACUCGGUUAGUUAA